AUGGAGGCUGAAGAACAUGUGACACCAUCAAAAUCAAAUCUCGGUUUUUCGUUUGAGGGUUUUGAUGAUGUUUCUGAUGAUGAUGAUCAUGAUGUUAAUGAUAAUGAUGAUGAUGAUGAUGAUGAGGAUGUUCGUAUGUUUGAACCAUCGAAGGAGCUAGUCAAUGAGGCUGUGAUUUCUCUAGCUGAGACAGAGAAAGAAAUCAACAUUUUCAAGCAACCAAACGAUCCAACACCCGAACAGAUGGAAGCCCUUAUCGAAAAAUUACAGUCAACUGCGAGGAAGCGUCCCCAAAUAGUUCUUGUUACUACUGAGUUUCCAUCUGGGAGUGAUAAAGAUGAUUCAAAUGCCUCCCUGAUGCCAAGAAAGCGAAGACGUAGAGAUCCAAGGCCGGGAGUGCUUAUUACUGAACCAGUACAACAACCUACUUCAAAUGUUGAACCAACCCAGGUUAAUCAAGAUGAUCGAAGCCCAAUUUUUGACGAAGACUUCUUAGCUAAUGAGGAAACUUUUGCCUCGGGAAGCUCUUCUGCCCCACCACCUCCAGAGCACGAUUCUGCAUCUUUCAAAUUAGCCAAGCUACAUGCUUUUCAAAGACUUUAUUCCUCAGUCAAGAGGAAAGGGAAUAUCUAUUGGCUCAGGGCAAGGAGGUGA